CCUUGGAAGAUGCGAGAAUGCUUCACAACACAUCGGAUACCCGAUUCUGACAGAACUGGACAUUUCAUUAGUCUACUAGAUAGUUGAGAGACAGAAGACGCGGAUCGGGGAAAAUUCGGAACGGCAGUGCAGUUUUGAUGGAUCGCCGCAUCUCCACUUCACUCCAUUCUCACGCUUGCCACUCUCAUUCUCAUCCAUCUCAUCCACCUCACCUAUCCCUUUUCUGAUCUCAUCUUUCUAAGCUCAUCGCUGCGAACCGCUCAAACAUUCAAGGCGGAUCAUCAACCUCGCAGACAGAUUCCCUAACCUCAUCUACGACACGAUCUCACCGCCACUCACGACCCCGCCAAGAUGGUUCGUCACGACCCCCACGCCAACCACCCCGUCGGCCUCCUCGUCGAGCCAAACUCAGAUGGCUACGUCGUCCGCCGCUUCCCCCACGAUCACACAGAUCUCUACGGCGAGAACCCAGCCGACCUAGAGCUCCCCGGCUCCCACGGGCCCCUCAAUCUCGUCCACGUACGCUGCCACAACGCCCUCACCCAGACCACCCUCGCCAACACCAACAUCACGGUCCACACAAUCCAAUUCGGAGACGACGACAAGCCCGUGGCGGCUCUCUCUCACCACACCGACUCCCUCGUCAUCGCCGUCCACGGCGUCUGUCCGCCCCAGAACAGCCCAGACCAACCACCCACCAAGUCCGCCGUCGGCGUCCACCUCGGCCCCGGCAACCCGCUCAAUCGCGCCUGCCGCAUCCCCGACGCCAAAGACCGGGGCCACGUCAUGAAGGACACGGACGGAAGCGACGGCCGCGACCGGCCGCAGCACACGCAGCAGCGCGCGGACCUCUACGCCGCCAUCGUGGGGUUGAUGGAGGCGACCACGAUUGCCACCAAGGGAUUGCCCAUCAUGCGGUCGUCGCGAAGGUCACAGCCGUCAUUCAAGUUACACCACGUCGUCGUCAAGAGCGACUCGGCGUAUCUCGUCGAGGGCGUCGCGGGCGGUAGGAACGGCGAGCCGCCGCACAUGAAGAAGUGGCUCGCCAACGGGUGGAAGAACACAAAGGGCGAAAAGGUCAAGAACGAGGAUCUGUGGGAUAAUCUGAUGCUCACCAUGAUGUCGCUGGGCCAGGCGGGCGUAGCGGUGGAGUUUUGGCAGGUGCCGAAGAAGGAGAAUAAGGAGGCGGAUCGGCUCGCAAAGGCUGCGCUCGAGCAGGAGGUAAAUUUCUUCGACGAGAAGAGUAUCUUUGGUAAGGAGAUAGGUAAGGAUGCUGAUGCGGGCAAGCCAAGUGCGGCCGGUGAUGAGUUGGUUGCGAUGGAAUGAUGAUACAACUUGCAGGCUGAUGGGACUACAUUUAGAGUACUUGUGGCGCGCAAAGAAAGUGGUUUGGAUUGCCGUGGAUCUACGGGAGCUGAAUAGCAGUAUCAUAUACUAGAUCGUACUAGAGUUUUCAACGCCGGAGAGCAGUGGAAUUGCUCCCGGCAAGCGGGAGGACCUCAAUCACAGGCGUCUCAAAGAUCUCCCAGUUAUCCGACGCCUUGGGGUUACCAAAGGCCUUCAAAGCCGCGAUACGCCACCUGGUUGGUGGGUGUUAGUCUUCGUGGCCACACAGAGGUUAUUCGACCGAGGUGAAGGAUGACUUACUUGUAUUUUCCAGGCUUAAUCUGGCUUCCAUCAGCCAGCUUGCCG